AGUUGCGACAAGUGUAUAGAAUUCCGAAGCUUCGUGUUGUUUACCGUAGCGUGCGAGCAAGCUGUCAAAGGUGUAAGAACGAAAAGGCGCAUCCUCAAGCACCGAUGAUGGGUGAACUACCAGAAGCUAGAUUGGCAGCAUUCAGUAGGCCCUUUACCUUUGUGGGGGUGGAUUAUUUUGGGCCGUUCGCUGUGUCGGUGGGACGAAGAUCAGAGAAAAGGUGGGGUGUACUAGUGACAUGUCUGACGACACGGGCGAUAUAUAUUAAGAUUGCACAUACGCUUAACGCAGACUCAUGCAUGAUGGCACUACGCAAUUUUAUGGCACGACGAGGUGUACCGCGUAAAAUAUUCAGCGAUCGCGGCACGAACUUUGUGGCAACAAAUAAAGAACUUGAACUGACACUGCAAGAAUUGGAUCAAAUAAAGAUUGUCCAGGAAAUAGUCAGUCCCCAUACCGAAUGGUGUUUUCUUCCACCAGCUUCUCCCCACAUGGGCGGGGCAUGGGAAAGGCUAAUCCAGAUCGUGAAGCGUAAUCUGCAAGACAUGCAACCUCGACGCCAACUCAGCGACGAAACAUUUCGAAAUUUGUUAAUAGAGAUCGAAAGCAUUAUCAACUCACGUCCGUUAACGCACGUUCCAGCAGAAGAUCCGGAGGCUCCGGUUCUAACACCAAACCAUCUUAUCUUGGGUUCAUCCAGUGGCCUUAAGCCGGUAACAUCAUUUGACGACAGUACCGAGGCGUUGAAGCGCUCCUGGCGUGCUUCACAAGCGAAGCAAAUAUUUUUUGGGGGCGUUGGGUUCGUGACUACUUGCCAGACCUCACAAGACGCACAAAAUGGUACGGCGAUGUCAAGCCAGUCGAGGUAGGCGACAUAGUCGUCAUCGUAGACCCCGGAAAUCCACGUAACUGCUGGCCCAAAGGCAGAGUGUAGAGGCAAGAUGGUAGGGUGAGGUCAGCAGCAGUUCAAACAGCAUCCGGAGGAGUUUAUGAACGUCCAGUGGUCAAGCUGGCAGUGCUCGAUGUUCGACGCGAUGCGUAAGUAAGCCAGGGUGGCAUACCGGGGGGGAGUGUGACGACCCCCUGGUCGACGCGCCUCACAUACUGAACAGGAUGAUAUUUCUGGCAACCCAUCCAAGGCAGAAACGUCAAAAGUGUCAGAAGACGGAAGAAAAGCGAUCAAUAAGUUAAGAUAAGAGUGGUUGAGCAAUUUGCACAUGCCGUGCGUAAAAGUUAUUCAAAUUAUAUUACAUUAAAUAGGGCGUAUUAUAUUAAAGCCAAAUGAUUUUCAACAUAUGUUAUUAAUACUACUAGGUAAAUACUAUUCCUAAAUCUAAUUUGUAUGCUGAAUAUGAAUUCUAAUUGCCUAAUAAAAUUCUUACCCUAGAUUGUAACCUAUAAAAUAAUAAUUAAAACCUAUAUACAAAAAUUGGAUAGAUCUAAAUACUAAACGAAUUUUUCAUCGUUGCAUAAUACACGAUUAAAAAAUUGGAAGUGAUCUUUCCUUAGUUGAUUGUACAUCUACACAACCAGUUUUUCCGGAAAACAGCCUAGAAUGCUCGGGAUGAAGUACAGAAGCCAAAAACCGACUCCAGACGCCAUUGUUAAAUUUAAGAUGGAAACUUCCUGAUUCUGAAAAACGGCCGAAUAUGACCGAAUACCAUUCUAAAUGGAUGUUUCCGGAACCUGAAUUAUGCUCAGAAGUCAGAAAUGGUCUCCAAAUGUCAUUUUGAAUUCCAAAAUGACGACUUCCGGUUUCUGAAAAACAACGGAAAGUGAAUAAAUACAACGGAAAGUGAAUAAUUUCCGGAAUCAUAAUGAUGACCACAAAUCGACCUCAGACACUAUUUUGAAUUGUAAGAUGGCAACUUCAGGUUUCUGGGAAACAGCCAAAAAUGGCCGAUUGUCACCUAAUAUGAGCUUUGAAUUGCAAGAUGGGAACUUCUGGGAAACAGCCGAAAAUCACCGAAUACUACUCAAUAUGGAUUUUUCCGUAAUCGAGAUGUUGCAUAGAAGCCAAGCAUUGAACCUGGACACCAUUUUGAACUCAUAAAUGGCCACUUACGGUUUCUAGAAAAUAACCGAAAUAACUGGAUACCACCCAAUAUGGGUAUUUCCGGAAUCAGAUUGAUGCUCAGAUGCCAGACCGAAUACCACCCAAAAUGGGUAUUUCCAGAAUCGCGGUGUUGUACAGAAGCCGAAAGACGAGAAUGUUAUCAUUCCGAUAAAACCGAUCAUUUCAAACGAUGUGUCUUUUGACUUUGAUCGUAUCCAAUGGCCGAUUCGUCGUGCAUUUGCAAACUAUAAACAAAUCGCAAGGAAUCAAUCAAUUUGGAAGGUUUAAAAUUAUUUAUAUAAAGACAAAAAUGGGCAACAGUUAACCAGGUCAGUUAAAUAUUUCAUAAAGUAAACGAAAUUUCACCAAUAGCCAUCCAGGUUGUCUUGAGCACAUACCAGUACUUGUUUUAAUUGUAAAAUAUUUCGGGAAAAAUGUACAUGAAGCGAGUGAAUUGGAAAAUAUUAUGAAAAUUGAUCAAUUUCACCCCGUUCCAUGCUACUUCGAACAAAGUAGGCAGCUCAUUUUUUACCACUAACGUGUUUUAUUUCACGGAAUCUGAAAUUUGAGUGUUUUGUUUUGCACUGAUUUACCAUAUUUUUUACGCGGUAUGUUUUGAUAUUUUUUCUUUCACAAAAAGAGUGUCAGUGAUUUCAAAAUUCACACGUUUUUUACAUAUCCAGAAGGUAAAAAGUAACUCCAGUGUUUAUUUGAGCAACAUACAUUAAUAAUUUCAUUUAAUGUGAAGUGGACCAUGAAAAUAUCACAGAGAUAAUAAAUAGUUUAUCAAUGAACUAACCAAUGUUUAUUAUCAAAUUUAAUGUUUGGAAUAAUGAUGAAGUGUUACGUUUAUCCAACCAUAUGGUUUAACAAAACAAUUUUAAAACUUUGAUUUAUUGAUAUUUUUCUCCCACUAAUUAUUGGUAGGUAUGGUCCGUUUAUCAACACAAAAUAAUACGAUUCAGUGCAACAUCUUUUUGACACAUUAACAAAAUAUUCCUUUACUGGCGCUGCUGUAGCAUAGUAGCUGGGACAUAUUGAAAACUUAUUCUAGAUUGAAUACGGCUUAAGCUGCUUGCUAUGCUUUGUGUGAAACCAAUAAGCAUCUCGAUACCGGCGUAUUCUUUCUGCUUCUAUCGAACAGUCCAGUAGUUAAACCCAUCUUUGUCAGUGAUACCAACUAUUACAGUAUCAUUUCUAUUGUGCGAAUGGUUAGGUAAAUACCCACAAGUUGAAUAAAUAAUGCAAAUGCGUACGGUGAAGAUUAAACUAUAGCAAUUAGCCAUAUGUCGUUUGUAAAAUAUUGCAACUAGGAACCAAAAUUAGCAGUCAGUACCAAAUGAAGCCUGCGUUAAACACAGAGAGAUACCUAGGCAAGCAACAAGGCAACAACAUGAAAAAGGUACAAAAUGGAUCAAAUUCAUCCACCAUUAACGAAGAUUUCGUUUGGGAAGAAAGCGAUGAACAUAGAUGGUCUUUCUCACGCUGGUGCAAACCAUCUUGCAUCCCUAUUUCUUUGUUGCUUAUGUUGAUAGUGUUGGUUGUGUUGCUACCUCUGCUAGAACAAAACGAAAAGCUGUACAACUUGAGAGAAAAGACUAGUCGCCUAAAAGGAGAUGUUUGCGAUCAAGGAUGCAAUAUUCAAAUAGUGGAAAGCAUUCCAGACGGUCUGAUCUACCCCGACGGAAGUCCAACGUUUUUGUCAACCUAUGACGCUUGGAAGACAUUGAUAGGAUUAGCUACACGAACGAUCGAAAUUGGAUCCUUCUAUUGGACGCUUAGAGGUGAAGAUGUCUACAAUCAUUCGAGUGCAUGGCAAGGAGAAGAUAUUUUCAAACAACUGCUUGAAACCGGAUUAAAUGGAACAGUUAGUAUAAAAAUAGCUCAAAGUGCUCCAACAUCGUCGAAUCCAAGCGUAGAUACGGACAUUCUGUCCAGAAGAAACGCGGCACAAGUACGCUCGGUAGAUUUUCCGCGAUUAUUCGGCGGAGGAGUGUUGCAUACUAAAGUUUGGAUUGUAGAUAGAACUCACUUCUAUGUGGGCAGUGCGAACAUGGAUUGGCGAUCACUAACUCAGGUUAAAGAGCUUGGGGUGCUAGUAACGAAUUGCUCCUGUUUAGCGUCUGAUGUGGCCAAAAUAUUUGAUGUUUACUGGGACAUGGGUACUGCAAACUCUAAAAUUCCGCCUCAAUGGCCCGAAAAAUACUCAACCAAGUAUAAUUCGAACAACUCUAUUUCUGUUAAAGCUAAUGAUAAAUUUAUAGUCGAUACGUAUUUAUCGAGUUCACCACCUCCAAUGUCACCAAGCGGUCGUUCAAACGAUUUAGAUGCAAUAGUGGACGUAAUACAACGCGCGGAAAAAUUUAUUCACAUAUCUGUAAUGGAUUAUUUUCCUCUAACUUUGUACACUGCAAAACCACACUAUUGGCCUAUCAUUGACGAUGCUCUCCGCAAAGCAGCGAUAGAACGAAAAGUUUCAGUUCGACUUCUUAUCUCCUACUGGAAGCACUCGCGUCAAUCAGAAGCAUAUUUUCUGAACUCCAUUCAAGCGUUGUCCGGUUGUAUCGCAGGAGUUACUAUUGAGGUCAAACGUUUCAUGGUGCCAUCCGACAAGGAUCAGCAAAAGAUUCCGUUCGGUAGAGUGAACCAUAACAAGUACAUGGUUACCGAUAACACAGCCUACAUUGGAACAUCAAACUGGUCUGGAGACUAUUUCAUUAACACUGCCGGUAUAGGGUUGGUUAUGUCAUCUUUCAAUCCUAAUGGUACAAUAGUUGGUGAUCUUCAGGCCGUUUUCGAGAGAGAUUGGAACAGUAAGUAUGCUGUGAGAGCUGAUUAGGAAUAUCGUAGAAUUAACAAAUUGAAAUGAACAAAGCUAUUCCAAUAAAUAUUUAUUUUACGUUUUUGAGAAA